UCUUUGCUUAAGAGGUGCCCUCAUCGUUCAGAAAUUCAGAGUAUUGUGCUUGCUGAAAUUGAAAGCACUGGUUACUUAGUAUUGGGAAGCGUAGAUGCUUAUGGUCAUCUUAUUGUCUCUAAACUGGAUGCUAGUGGUAAAGAUGUUGACAAGAUUACCUACUCAGUGUUAGCUCGGGAUUUUGGUGUUGGAGAAGGUAGUUGGUCUGGGCUUUGCUUCAGUCCAACUCAAUGGUCUAUGGCAGCUGUGGCACAAAGCUUCUGCAAAAGUAUUGAUGUUUAUGACCAGGAUAUUCAUUUUCGGACUUUACGUACACUUUGGUAUCCAUCUUCAUUGAGCUUCGUACAGAAUUUAGGUCAUGGGAGUGAGACUUCCAUAUUAGCCAUAACUGAAGGGUGCCAGCUGUCUGUAUGGGACUUGAGGAUGAAAGAAAAUGGUGGUUGUCUACAUCGUAUUUGUGGUUCUGUUGGAGAUGUCUUUUAUGCUGUUUGUAGUUCUUCAACUGGUAACAUCGCAGUGGGUGGUGCUGAUCGUACCGUGACCAUCUAUGAUCCCCGCAGAUGGUCAGCACUUUCAAGAUGGGUGCACUGUUCAAAAUAUGAGAUUACUGGACUUGCGUUCUCAUCUCUUGACUCAGAUUACAUCUAUGUACAAGGGGUUGACUAUGAGGUCUUUUGUAGUAAGUGGCAAGAAAGCAGUAAGGUAUUCAAAUUUAGAGGAGACUCAAACUGGCUGGGAUUCAGUAAGUGCUCUAACAGGGAUAUACUUGGUGGAUGGUGUGAUUCGGGUAGCAUCUUCGUGGCUGAUGUUGUAGCUAAAGGACAGUGAAAGAAACACCUUGAAAGGUUUUGUUAGCAGAUUUUCCUAGCAGCAGUUCAGCUGUCUUAUAAUCCACAAAGUCACAUUUAACUUCAGACCAUAUUAAAUCGAAGGCUUUUAUCAUACGGGCAUGCAGUCAUUUCAAGCAGCUGCUUAUUCCCAAGUCAAGCUGUCCAAUUAAAGACAAAUAAUCCCUUCCACCAGGAAAUUUGUGAUAUUUGAUCAUCUUGGGCGUUUUAUUUCCUGAAAUUUAGCAUUAGUUGAAGUUUGAAGUUGACUAUUGCAUGAGUCUGUACAUGUAAGGCAUGAAUUGGCUGUAUGGAAUAUUACAUGUAACUUGACACAAUGCACAAGUUAUUAAUUUUAUAGUAAUGCAUUCACCUAGAUGCCUA